UGUCGAUGUACGUACCAUGUGUCGCGGAUUCACCGCUACCGAUAUGGGUCAUCCCCCCCCCUUUCUUUUCUUUCCAUAAUUAAACUGAAUGCGCUUCGCGCCGCAGCCUGUGCCCGUACAUGGUGGAUGCGUAUGUGCGGUGUGGGCGUGGCGGUUGUCUGUAAACAACUGCCGCUGCUUUGCCUGCUGGCUGGUGGGCGGGCUGGCUUGCUGGCUUGGGUGAAUCGCCCGGCGCGGCUGAAGAUCAAUCCCGGCUGCUUUGUUACCCCACAAAUGCACCGUUCAGUUGGUGUAACCGUCGCCAGCGCUGCGGCAGUGGAUUCGGACAGCACACGUAUCUCGCGCACUCGCUCACGCCCACACCCGCUCGCACACCCCCUCCUCGCACAAGGCUGAUGCACCGACAUGGGGACUGAGCAACUGAGUGGCCAUGGUCAUCUCCGCUGCAGAUAACGUCAUUUGUCCACUGCUCUGUUGGCUGAGGCCGCUCGCUGCAUCUGCCCUCAUUUAACACGCACCUCGUGACUGACUCGGAUGAGCCCAAAUGCGGUGUGUGGCAGUCAAUCAAAGCACAAC